AUGUUAACAUAUGCUGCCAGUUUCCUUAACUUGCUUUCUUUUACGUGGUUCUUAAGCGUCAUCCAUGACAAGUUUAAUAAAGGAAGGAUCAAUUUUGAAAAUACCUUGGAAUUGCUCACCAAAUUUGACAUUCCUUUUGAUUCUGUUCAUGUAAAGUACAUUUUUAAGGCAAGUGAUACACAGAAGAUUGGGCAUAUUACUUUAGAGGAUUUUAGAGGAAUUUAUCGGACUAUCGCGCACAGAAGUGAGAUUCAUGAACUCUUCAAAACUUACUCUCGAAGCACCAAAAUUCUGCAGCUAUCUGAACUGGUUGAAUUUGUUCGAAAUCAACAAUUCCAGACCGACGCUAAUGAAACAACAGCUUCCGAUCUCAUUUCAAAGUUUGAACCCAUUGAAGAAGCAAAAAGAAACAGACAGAUGACAUUUGAAGGGUUUCUAAGAUACAUGAGUUCUGACGAUUGUUCGAUCAUUAAAAAUGAACAUCGGACAGUUUACCAGGAUAUGACCCGUCCAUUGUGUGAAUACUUUAUUUCAUCAUCGCAUAAUACCUACCUCAUAUCUGACCAGCUAAUAGGGCCAAGUCACCUGUGGGGCUAUGCAAGUGCUCUAAUGAAAGGCUGCCGCUGCUUAGAAAUUGACUGUUGGGAUGGACCCGGGAACGAGCCUGUCGUUUAUCACGGCCAUACGUUAACGAGCAAAAUCAGCUUUAAGACGGUCAUCCAGGUGAUCAAUAAAUAUGCCUUUUUGGCCUCUGAUUAUCCUCUCAUAGUGUCUUUGGAGAAUCACUGCAGCCCCAAACAGCAGGAAGUAAUGGCAGAUUAUAUUAAAAGUAUUCUGGGUGACAGUCUGGUUACUUCUACAAUUGAUGGUACGAUGCCGAGUGAAUUACCGUCCCCUGAGGCCCUGAAAUUCAAAAUAAUUAUCAAGAACAAGAAACUGGGAGUGCUUGAAGAAACCCUUGAAAGAACAGGCACGGAAAUCCUUGGUCAAAGCGGAGAAUUUGAUGAAGUGCAAAGCACGGAUGACGACCUUGAUGAUGAUGCUUCUGGCAGCGAGACCUUGCUCAAAAAGAGACGAUCAAGUUCAAAAAGCACUGGUCCUCCUCGUAAAAAACUAAAGGUAAAGAAAGUGAAGCUGGCCCUGGCUCUGUCAGAACUCGUGAUUUAUGCCAAAUCUCGGAAAUUUGUGAGCUUUGAAGACUCAAGAGAGAACCAGAAGUUCUACGAAAACCACUCCAUGAGUGAAGGAAAAGCCCACAAGAUGGCAAAAUCACGAGUGCCUGAAUUUGUCCAACACAAUACCAGAUUUAUUACAAGGAUAUACCCCAAAGGGACUCGGACAUCCUCUUCCAAUUACAAUCCUCAAGAAUUCUGGAAUGUUGGGUGCCAGCUAGUGGCCUUAAAUUUCCAGACACCUGGAGUACAAAUGGACCUUCAAAAUGGGAAAUUUUUGGACAAUGGUGGUUCUGGUUAUGUAUUAAAACCCGAAUUCCUGAGACGUAAAGACACGCUGUUUAACCCAUAUAGUAUACCCGGGAACCCUAAUGCCAUUGGGCUUACAAUAACGUUGAUCAGCGGCCAUCAGCUACCACCCAGUAGCCUCUCCCGGACCAACAAAGCAGAUCCUCUGGUGGUCGUUGAAAUUUAUGGUGUUCCAGAAGACCAGACGAAACAACAGUCUUGCGUAGUGAAGGGCAACGCUUUGAGUCCUAGGUGGAACGAAACACUCACUUUUAACGUCCGUGUUCCGGAACUUGCAUUAAUACGCUUCGUUGUAGAAGAUCAGCUUUCCCUCACUUCCAAUGAGUUCCUCGGCCAGUAUACUUUACCACUUUUAAGCAUUAACAAAGGGUACCGCCGUAUCCCGCUCCUUUCCAAAAUGGGUGUCAGUUUGAGCCCCGCGUCGCUUUUCGUGCAUGUUUCGUACUUUCAGCCAUAA